AUGACAUUCACCAUCAUGCCCUCAUUCCUCCACAAGCUCUUCACCAAACGCCGCCAAAAGCGCACCGAGCACAAAUUCGCCAAACUCGCCUCCCGCGACAAAGAGCGCCAGACCGACGGCCUCCUCCGCAUUGCGAUGAAGAGGCACAGCUCGGUCAAUAGCUUCACGGCGGCGGAUCCGAGUGUGCAUUAUCGACGAAGAGAAGACCAUGAGCAGUGGGCUAAGCAUGAGGCUGGGGGGAAUCGGGCGAAUUACAGUCUUGAUCAGGGAAGGGAGUUGAAGGGAUGA